UCGAUCAUUCGAAAGUCUGAAAAAUUAUUUGAAAAUGUGAAAUUGAAAUUCUUGACAAAAUAAAGUUUCAUAAAAUGUUGGCUAUUGCUAAGGCACUAUGGAGAAGUCAAGUGUGCAGUGGACUGAUGAAGCUGCGUCCUAUAUUCAGCUGCUCCUACUCGAAGGAUUCGUGCAGUGAGAAGAAGAAGAAGGGCCGCUACAGGAUCGUGAUGGUGCGGCAUGGCGAGUCCGAGUGGAACCAGAAGAACCUCUUCUGCGGCUGGUUCGACGCCAAGCUGAGCGAGAAGGGUCUGCAGGAGGCCUGCUCGGCAGGAGUAGCACUCAAGAAGGCCAACAUGCACUUCGAUGUGGCCUACACCUCGCUGCUGUCGCGGGCACAGGACACCCUGGCGGCUGCCAUGUCGGCCAGUGGUCACAAGGAGAUCCCUAUCUGCAAGACUUGGCGCCUGAACGAGCGACACUACGGCGGCCUGACGGGCCUCAACAAGGCAGAGACAGCCAAGAAGUUUGGCGAGGAGAAGGUGAAGAUCUGGCGACGCAGCUUCGACACCCCGCCGCCUCCCAUGGAGAGGGAUCACAAGUACUACGACUUCAUUGUGAACGAUCCGCGCUACUGCGGUCAACUGGAUCCCAAGGAUUUCCCGAAGUCAGAGUCCCUCAAGCUGACAAUCGAUCGCUGCCUUCCGUACUGGAACGACGUGAUCGUGCCCCAGAUCAAGGAGGGAAAGCGAGUCCUGGUGGCCGCCCAUGGCAACAGUCUGCGUGGUGUGGUCAAGCACCUGGAGGACAUGUCCGACGAAGCCAUCAUGGGCCUCAAUCUGCCAACGGGAAUACCCUUUGUCUACGAGCUGGACGAGUGCUUGAAGCCGCUGGGCACUCUGCAGUUCCUCGGUGAUCCCGAGACUGUGAAGAAGGCCAUGGAGGCGGUGGCCAACCAGGGCAAGGCCAAAUAGUCAGACUUGACCUAACUCUCGCCGCUUUCUGAUACCCGCCAAAGGUGGACAACUCUUUGUCGGGGAAAGUCAGAACAAUCAAUGUUCAAUCCACUUGCAUGCCAAACAAAAAACAAUUCUCCACGGAACUGGAAACGGGGAACUGAGAAUCAAGUACCAAGAAUCGGAAUCUCUGACCGAGAACUGUGGCGAGAACCGAGCGAAAGUCAAGCAGCAAAUAAAUUUAUUUGAUUUUAAUUGACAAUGAAAAGUCAACAGAGAUG